AUGCCCGAAUUGGCGAAAAACGUAGCCCCCAUCGAGAAGUUCUGCCCGUACUGCGAGGAGAACGUGAUCACCGACGUCGAGGAGGUGCCCAAGCGUCUCACCUGCAUCAUUCUGGGACUCAUGUGCCUCUUCUGUUGCUUCUGCUGCAUACCGGGCUUCAUGCUGGUGGACGGGUCGCGCGAGGCCCAGCACAGGUGUCCGAAGUGCUGCGAGCUUCUGGGCCGGGUCGACCUCAAGGGCAUGACGAUACGCGAGCUGCGCGACGAGGUGCGCAAGGAGAAGCUCAGCUCGGAGAAGAAGAAGAAGCAGCAGCAGCAGGAGAAGAAGAAGAAGAACAAGAAGAAGGACAGCGACAACGAGGCCGAGGAAGAGGUCCACGAGUAGAGAAGACAUUUUUUUUUUCUUCUCUUUCGCCGGCUUGCGAUCGAAAAUUUCGAAGCAGCUGCUGUGCCGACGACGACGAAGAAUUUGCAACGUU